CAAUGGCCCAGUUCUACUAGAGCUGAAAUUAUGGCAGUAUUAACAUGCCUUAUAGUUUGUCCAUCUAAUAGUUCAAUUAACAUUUUUACAGAUAGUCAAUGUAUGAUCGAUACUUUCACAUCGUUAUCGAAUUAUAAGUUAACACCAAAACGAAAGCAAAAGAUUAAUAAUAUCAUUCUCUGGCAGGCAAUCCAACAAAUUAUAGCUGAGUUGAAUUUACAGGUACAAUUCACGAAAGUAAAGGCACAUUCAGGAGUCGAAUAUAACGAUAUUGCCGAUAGAUUGGCCAAAAACGGAUGUGAUUCCAAUAAGAUGAUUUCAAUUUCACCAAAGGGCGUCAAAGCACAAAAAGGUUAUAUCAUGUUUAACAAUGAUA